GUAGACACGGACACACCUCCAACGUCAGAGUGGCAACAUGGCGAACGCCGGUGGAACUACCGUGGAUGACUUGAUGCGAUACGCUGAAUAUUCUCCUAAAUCAAGCGUCAGGAGUGACGCAGAGAUAGACAGGCAGCUGGGUGGGACUUUAAUUGCAGUUGGUCUCGGUGUUGCUGCUGCAGCAUUUGCAGGACGUUAUGCAUUCCAGUUGUGGAAGCCUCUUGGGCAAGUUUUCUCUGAAACUGUCAAAAAGAUGCCCUCAUCAGCCUUCUCAUCAUAUUACAAAGGAGGUUUUGAGCAGAAGAUGUCCAGGCGAGAAGCCAGCCUCAUUCUUGGAAUUAGCCCAACCAGCACAAAGGCCAAAGUACGUGAGGCGCAUCGGAGGAUCAUGAUCCUGAACCAUCCAGAUAAAGGCGGGUCACCAUAUCUCGCAACAAAGAUCAAUGAAGCAAAAGACCUUCUGGAUAAGGAAAGCCACCGAUGACCCUCCCUGACAUCCAGCACUUUAAAGACUUCCAUCUCCCCAUCAGCUCUGCAGUGUUGCUCCAUCAGCAUCUACAUCAGCACCACAGCGAGGCUUCCACUUAGGCUCCUGGAAGACGGCUGAAACGAUGCUCUCAUGAGAAAUUCAUUGUCUGGUUGCUAGCCCUGAGAAUACACAAGUAUAAUGACCACAGGUGAAGAUACUGACCGUUUUCAGUUAAAAGUGAAGGCGGUGAUUGUAAAAGCUGCAGCGUCGCCCUCAAGUGGUAGCAGGUUAGAAUGCAGCUCAUCUGGUUUUAGUGUCAGCAUGUUAUAUAGUUUUAUUUAAGCCACAAUAAAGGGAUACAUUUAAGUGUUUCUAUAUUUAAACAGUUAAUGUGGAGGUGGUAAAAGUGUAAAUAAACUUUAUUAGUAAACUUACAUGACUGAGUGUUUAUAUCAGAAUGAUGUAAUGAUUGUGCGGAAAGAGCAGUUUUAAAAAGAUUGAGGUCGAGUAAAAAUGUCUUCCUUAGUGUGUAUAUGAAAUGUUAAGUUUUAAAGUUGUAACUCAUCUUGUAUCAUGUGAAACUGCCCAUGCAUUGAUUUAUCAGUUCCUCUCAUCUUGGGAAAUACUUUUAAAAAAAGUAUGCAAAACAAUUUAUUUGACUAUUUUUUUUACAAGUACUCUGAAUAUUCUUACCCAUACUGGUGAGAGAAAAACAGCAUUAUAAAGUGGUAUCAGGUGGAAAUACUCAAGUAAAAUACCUGUAUCUUAAAAUAUCAGGUAUAAAACUUGAAUAUACCUAACAGCUUGACAAAGUUACAUUAGUUUCAUCUCUUUGAGGAUGCUUCGCAUGUUCAGGAAGUUUGCUGUGCAGAUAUUGUGAGAACUGAGUGCAGAGUAUGAACUGGUACACUGGUGUCGCACCAGGAAUGCAGCUGUCAGGCCUCUAUUAACGCUCUGUGUCAAUACUUUAUUAAUUCAAGAUUUAUUGAUGACUUUUUUUUUUUAAUUAGACAAAAUACACAAUAAAUGGCCACUGUGAGCAGAAUGUUUAAAUACGUCUUUAUUUAAAGCAGGAUGUUGUGUUGAUGUCACUCUGUCGUCGAACCGUAAAGACAGAAAGCAAGACGCAGCCAUUAACACUUACAGCAGCAGUUACUGGUCAAAAAUACCAACCAGUUACAGAAAAGUUGGCUUUUUU